GAAUCGAGUUUGAAUCGAGUCCUGCCUCGCGCUUAUUAGAGACGGGCACGCCUCUCGAGUUGACAUUCCGCGGAGAAAUAAAAAAAGUGCGUUCCGUAAGAGUCUUUUCCGACUCGCGUCGGAAGAUUGAAUAAACAGGCCUCAGCGAUUGCCGCAGCUGCAGCCGUCACCUUAUUAGCUGUGUCCCGUGUGAAUCUUGCCUCGCAGCAAAGGUUUGGGAUUCACCAUCAUCCCUCCGCGGCAUUGUCCGAUCAUCGCCUGGGGAAUGUCAUGUGACGCGCGAGAAGACGAAAUCUUUUGAGAGUUUUGAGCAGCAGACGGCGACCGGCGGUUCCUCUUCGGCGGUGAGGCCAGUCGGGUCCGAGAUGGAUCGGUGUUUGUAGAGAGAAAGGUCGAGCCGGUCGCGUGGGGAGUGUGUCGCUGUCGUCGUGCAAAAUGAUGCCCCCGGAUUCUUGCGACUUCAAUGGCUUCAGCUUCGUCUCGCUCGUCUUGGGAGCCUUGAAUUAUGAAAUCUGCUCCUUGCCUGCGCUGUUAGGGGUAGUUCAACUAGUGUUCGGCAUUGUCCUCGCCGUGAACAUCAUCAUCCAAGGAAAGAAUGAAGACACGCUCUCUCGUAGACCUCCUAGAGUUCUGUCGACAGUCCAUGGGUUCUUCACUUGGCUGUCCGGUCUGGUCUGUCUUUUGCUGUUGGCCGGCCUGAUCCUUCCCCUGCGUCACUGGCGCCAAGCAAAUUAUCACAAUUUCCCUCUUGAAGAAGUUCUCGUCAUCUGCUUCCAGGCUUUCGGAUGGUUUAUCAAUUUCGUUGGGCUGAAUCGAGAGGAAACUCACGAGAGACCCCUGUACGAGACGACUUUCAAAGUAUGGCAUUCUGUCGCCUUCCUCGUGUCAUUUCCUGUGUCGAUGAUCACUCUUCUGCGCACCUUCGCAUUCUCCCUCGACUUGCUUCUCGUUGUUGCGCCGGGAGUUCUGUUCUUGUUGUAUGUGUCAGGUCAUGCGACCACUCUGAUCUACAAGAAAAAUUACAACUGGAGUCUGCGCUCCACCGACGCUUCGUUGAAGCAGCCGCUGUUGGAAGAAGUCACGAGUGACGAGGAAACGCCAGACCUGUCUGGGUACAGCAAGGCAGGAUUGGCAUCCAGAUUAGUCUUCUCAUGGAUUGAUGGAGUCCUAGCUUCCGGCUACAAGCGUCCCCUGGAGCGCGAAGAUCUUCCACCCAUGAGUUGGGAAGAUGAUGCUGCUUACAAUUACACCCUGUUUUCCACUCAGUGGGAGAAGCUCAAGCGUGAGGCACUUUCGGGCGUUCCACCGUCCCUGUGGAGCGCUCUUAUCAAAACCUAUUGGGUCGGCUUCCUUGUGCCCGUCGUAGCGACCUUGCUCUGGACUGUUGCAUUUUUUGUCGGACCGCUCAUGCUCUACUUCAUAAUCGACUACCUCAACCGGGAGUCCGAUCAACGCGUCAUAUGGCAGGGCGUCUUGUUUGUGUUAAUUAUGUUCGGUGGGAAAUUUCUGGAGCCUUUUGCCAAGCAGCAGAUGAUUUUCCAAUCAUUCAAGUUGGGAGUUCAGAUGUGGUCGGGAGUUGGAUCCGCAGUGUAUUACAAAUCUCUCAGAUUAUCAAACAAAGCAAAGCAGAGGUGGAGCGUAGGCGAGAUCACGAAUUUGAUAUCUUCUGACAUGCAAAAGUUCCUGCAGUUGAACCUGGCCCUCGCACAGUGUUUAGUUCUACCUCUCCAGCUCGUUGUCGCAUCGGGUAUUUUGUUCUGGGUUGUUGGCAUAGCAAUGAUCGCCGGGUUGUCCACUCUCUUGAUAGUUAUCAGCUUGAAUGUGUUUCUAGUAUCCCUGAUGAGAAAGUUUCGCAUCAACUUCCUGAAGGCCAAGGACGAGAGAUUGAAAGUGACAGUGGAGUGCCUGAGCAAUAUGAAGGUGAUUAAGCUACAGAGCUGGGAUACUCUUUUCACCGAGAAAAUUGAAGCGCUUCGGGCGAUUGAGUUAAACUGGGUUGCCAAAUUCAUGUACACCUGGGCAUGCAGUAUUUUUGCAAUAUGGGGCGCUCCCGUGGCUGUCUCGAUCGUCACCUUCUACACAAUGGUUUGGCUGGGCGACCCCUUGGAUGCGGGCAAAGUGUUUACGGCGCUGACCACAUUUAGUGUCAUCAAAGAACCUGUGCAGCAGUUUCCGGACAAUGUUUCGAACGUUAUUCAAAUGAUGGUGUCCAUUGGCCGUUUGAGAGUCUUUUUAUGCGAAGAUGAGCUCGACGAUAAAGCUGUUGAUAGAGUACAAAGUUGCGACUCCGAAUUUGCCGUAGAUAUCCAGAGAGCGUCGUUCACUUGGAAUUCCGACCAGGACUCACUAGCUGUCCGUGACCUGAAUUUGCAAAUCCCGAAAGGAUCAUGCAUUGCCGUCUGCGGAGGCGUGGGUUCAGGAAAAUCAAGCUUGCUGUACUGUAUCAUGGGAGAGCUCCAGAAACUUACGGGCUCCGCGAAACUAUGCGGUCGUGUUGCUUACGUAGCGCAGUCAGCAUGGAUACAGACCAAGUCUGUAAGGGAUAAUAUAUUAUUCGGGCGCCCGAUGGAUUCUAAGUUGUAUGCGGAGGCAAUUCGGGCUGCUGGCCUAGAAACAGACCUUGCACAAAUGCCCCAUGGUGAUAAAACUGAAAUUGGUGAGCGGGGAAUAAACAUGAGCGGUGGUCAAAAGCAGAGGAUUCAGCUGGCUCGUGCAGUGUACUCUGAUGCCGACGUUUACUUGCUUGACGACCCGUUCAGCGCUGUGGAUGCGCACACGGCUUCUCACCUCUUCCAGGAGUGUGUGCGAGGAGCUUUAAGGAACAAAACGGUUGUCCUUGUGACGCACCAAGUGGAAUUUUUGCAAGCCACAGAUCGUAUUCUCGUCAUGAAAGACGGGGCUGUCGUUCAGUCUGGGAGAUACGAGGAGUUACUAAAAGAAGGACGAGAAUUCGGGGCUUUCGUAGAUGCCCUUCAAGAUGCUCUUCAGUCUGUCAACCAAGUGAAGGAAGAUGCUUCUGCCAAUUCUGAAGCGAUCACACCUAUGGAGAAAAAGAAAUCCAUGAUUAAGUCUUCAUCGAGUCUGAAAAAGUCUGGCUCAAAGAACACUAAUGAAGGAGAUGGGGAGGAGGACGAUUUUAUCCAAAAGGAAGAACGCCGAAUUGGUGGUAUCAAAGCGGGUCUUGUCUGGACUUACGCGGUUAGGAAGUUUGGAGGCGUUUUCUUCUUCAUUGUUGUUGCCCUGAAUGUUGCCGCUUAUGGUCUCCAAGUUGCGGGUGACUCGUGGCUAGCCGGUGGUGUGCGUGAUCGAAAGCAAGUGUCGUAUGUCUCAGUUUACGCUUUGCUUACUCUUGGCGGAGUCAUAGCUGUUCUUCUGCGAUCACUUUCCGCCGCAUUCUGGGGCACUGCCACAGCACAAGCCUUUUAUCUGACAAUGAUCCGCAAUAUAAUGCGGGCCCCUAUGGCCUUUUUUGACUCAACACCACUUGGUCGAAUCAUCAGCAGGAGUUCUUCUGAUCAAGCCGCGCUGGAGAUUGAUCUGCCCAAUGCUCUUGCUCUCUGUAUAUUCAACCUAGUCGGAAUGGUAGGAAGUAUUGCUGUCACGAGUUAUGUCACGCCUCAACUCUUGUUCCUCGUUAUUCCCUUGGGAAUGAUCCUUCUGAAGCUGAGGAUGUACUUCAUUACGUCAACUCGGGAAAUCGUCAGGGUGCUACAAGUAUGUGAGGCUCCUGUAUUUUUGCAUGUCGGAGAGACUGUCGCGGGCAUUACAACCAUUCGCGCUUUCCAAGAGCAAAAAUGGUUCGCGGCGACCAAUGCGGAACGAUUCGAGGACUAUCAGAGAUGUUACUUCCACUUCCAGUCUCUUGUUUGUUGGUUUUCCUUCCGACUGCAGUUGAUUUGCGCCUUCAUGGUAUCAGCAGUGGCAUUUCUACUCAUCUUGCUCCCCCCAGAUGUCUUGGGUGCAGGAAUGGCAGGUUUAGCUCUGACAUAUGCGCUGGGAGUAAACAGCGUCCUUGGAGGUCUAAUGUAUAAUUUUGCAAUCACCGAGGGCAAGUUAGUAUCUGUUGAGCGCAUCAGUCAAUACUCGGACUUACCAACUGAAGCUCCUCUAGUAAUCGAAGACCAUAGACCUGCCAUUGAGUGGCCGAAUGAAGGAAAGAUAGAGUUGCAAAAUCUUCAGUUUCGAUACAGACCAACUGCACCACUCGUCCUGAAAGGAAUUACGUGCGUGCUGGAGUCGAAGGAGAAAGUUGGAGUAGUGGGGCGAACUGGUAGUGGCAAGUCUACUCUCAUUCAAGCGCUUUUCAGAUUGGUGGAGCCAUCCGGGGGACGUAUUCUUAUUGAUGGGCUGGACAUCUCUACCAUAGGGCUUUCAGAUUUAAGAACUCGCCUUAGUGUCAUUCCUCAGGAGCCUACCAUAUUCGAGGGUAGUCUCCGCACGAAUCUCGACCCUUUUAAUAAGCAUUCCGACCAGGAGAUUUGGGAGACAUUGGAAAACUGUCUGCUGGCAGAAUCUGUACGGAGUAAGCCGGAAAAGCUCAAUGCAUCUGUUUCACAAGCAGGAGAAAAUUGGAGCGUUGGAGAACGGCAGUUGUUGUGCCUAGGCCGUGCCUUGUUGACCAAAGCUAAGAUUCUUGUAUUAGAUGAGGCAACGGCAUCUGUGGAUAUUACUACUGACGGUAUUAUACAGCGUACAAUAAGAGAGCACUUCGGGGAUUGCACAGUGAUCAGUGUGGCACAUCGUAUUCCUAGUGUGAUCGACUCAGACAGGGUUCUCGUCCUUGAUGCAGGUUAUCUGAAGGAAAAUGGUUCGCCGGACAGACUACUAUCGGAUAAAAACUCUCUGUUCUCCAAAUUAGUCUCUGAGUAUACUGAUCGAACCGGUGUAAAUCAAUCGUGAUAUCUAAGGUGAAUGUCGUUGUGCUGAGAUCGGGAUUUGUACAUAUCCUGAUGAGGUUGACUCGGAGGAAGAGAAAUUAAUGGUAGAGUCGCAUUUUUCCUUCUUUGAAAUAGAGUAGUAUUCGCGGCAGGCAACCUAUGUAUCAUGGUUAGUACAGGGGAGAUUCGUAUAUUGACCAACGGAGGAAAGCCUUCUGGUGUUAAAUUAGCUCUAGGAAGUAGGAGUAUCAUACUUCUCGAGGCGAAAAGCGAGAAUGGAACAUGUGCAGAACUUUUUGUUCAAUUAAAGCCUCGUUUUGCAUAAUU